UAUGUACAAUUUAUUUUUUUGCAAAGUCAGGUGAGCCGGAGUAAUCUUUACUUCUUUUAUUUGCACUUUAAUUUAUGCUAGUGGCUCACACGUGCGAGGUAUUCCAGGCUGAAAUAGAAGGAAAAAAAAGUCGUAUAUGAAAUGAAACGACUUGUAGCAUAGUUAUUGGUUUUUUCGUAGAGCAUGUUUUGUUCUAAUAAGCUCUGGGGCCCUCCAAAAAUCAAAAGCCAAGGCACAGGCGGGGAAUUUCAUCAUUUCAUAAUUUUUUCAUUCGUAUCCUAUCCAUCAGAGAGUGAAAGAAAACCUAGAGAGAGUGAGCGAGAGAGAGAAAGAGAAAGAGAAUGGGGCACACUAUUAAUAUUGAACACCAUCAAGCAACAGAUGGGUUGGUGAAUCUGUUCACAAAGGCGAGUCAUGAUCUCACAGUGGUUCAGCACCGGCUCGAAAAGGAGUUUCAACAAGUCUACCCUGACAACGCAAACCCGAUGAAGUUGGUGUCUAGGAUAAAGAAAGUACAGGAAGAUCUGUUGAUCUUGAAAGAGCAGUGUCGCGAGCUUCUAACAGCCAAACAGGACUUAAUUGAUAAGGCUCGGACCACUCUUGUUGGGAACAGAACUUUGCUGCAGCAGAUGCAAGCAUCUGUGGGCAUCAUCCCCCUUGUCAGCAAUUCUGAUGAUCCUGCAUUUGCUAAUUUCAACCAGAUUGUUGAUGAGUGGGCGGUUCAAGUCAGAUCAAGGACAGGUGAUGAGAAGCUUGGAUCGGAUUCUCAGGAUAUUAAUGAAUUACUUUUCUCAGCUAUAGUUUAAAGCAACUGAACAUCAUGAAAUAGUUUGGGUAUCAAGCAUGAUAGUUCAACCUCCAGACUCCUGAAGAUUAUGAAAUUAA